AAUGCGGCGGUCCUUCCUUUUCUAGCCAACUUGGCUGAAGUCUACCCAGGACUACACCGACGGACUUUAUUAAAGUUUCUGCCGCGGUGCCCCCCCAGGUCCUGACAUGGCCCCCAGCACGCAGCUGAAGGAGGCGAUAGCCGAUGUGCAGGACGGCAUUCGUGCCAUCCUUCUUGGACCUCCUGGAGCUGGGAAGGGGACUCAGGCCCCUCGGCUAGCAGAGAAAUACUGCGUUUGCCACCUGGCUACUGGAGACAUGCUGAGGGCCAUGGUGGCUUCAGGCUCCGAGCUCGGCAAGAGGCUUAAGGAGACGAUGGAUUCUGGCAAACUGACUAAUUCAUCAGCCGAGCGGCCGCUCCUACCACGAGGAGUUCAACCCCCCCAAAGAGUCCAUGAAGGAUGACGUGACGGGUGAGCCCCUGAUCCGCCGCAGCGAUGACAACGAGAACACCCUGCGCUCGCGCCUGGAAGCCUACCACCGGCAGACGUCCCCUCUGGUGCAGUACUACAGUGCCAGGGGUCUGCACACGGCCGUCGACGCUGCCCAGAACCCAAACGUAGUCUUCGCCUCCAUCGUAGCCGCGUUCUCCGCCGCCACGGAAAUGCCCGCUCGUGCCACAGCCUCUGGUUGAGUUCAGAGCUGCUUCAUGCCCACCGAGGCGAAGGACUGGAGCUGGCAAACAGCUCAGGUGGGCAGAAAAACGGAGGGGAGGGGCAGGCAAUAAGAGGGGACUCCUUAGACUGAAUAAGUUAAGGUUGUUUUGGGGUUUUUGUUGCACAUUUCUAUUUCAAGUAGAUCAUGACAGGAAUAAACAAAGCCAUCUUGUUGUCACAAUCCUCAUGUUUUCCCUUCUAAUAAAUUUCCUGCUUUUCUACAAUCAUCAAAUGUUGUGCGUUUUGUUUUUCACUCGAGUCUCAAAUUCACUUGGCCUUUAAUCCGAGAAAUAAAAUCAUAAAAUAUCGUGUAUGAGUACCGUGACAUUUCAUGCACAUUUUCUAUCGAGUGUCCGCACGUUUGUUGCUUGUCGUUUGACAUAUCAUAACCUGAAGUGACACAUAAAAAGGUUAGGGUUAAAGUCAGGCUAUCAGUAAUGGUGUGCAGUGAGGAAUGAAGUGACUUCCUAUUUAACAGUUCCACAUAUCACACACUGAUGUCUGAAGGAUCGAGGAUCUAUAUGAAUAAUGAGAAAUACACUAAAUUGGACUUGCUCAUAAGAUGUUUUCAAUUUAUCUCAGAAGUUCAGAAAUUGAAAACAACAUAUAGAAAAUAGCCUAAAGGUAGCUCAGUAAAAUAAAUACAGGAUUGCAAAAUUGCUCAAUACAGUAAAAGGACCUCGGUUAAACAGAGGAAAAGCUUGUUUGUUUUUAAAGCAGCGCAAUUACCACAAGUCAAAGUAAAAUAAAUUUAAAUACUGCAUAAAAUGACAAAAUGGCUUAUUUUUAUUAAAAGAAAUACAAAUCUGGUAAGAAUCGGUGAGUUUGUGCGUAAAAGUGAUUGACAGAAACACUUAUAAUAAUCCAAAUAUGAUGAAAUAAAGGUAUAAAUAAUCACUUUCAGUUCAGAGCACGGCACAGUGGAACUCAGCUUGGUGAGAGGAGCCAGAGUUUCCACGACCAUAGGCGCAAAUCUGUCAGGGACACAUCAAAGACGUCUCCUCAUUAGGUUGGAUGAAACUUACCAUCCAACCUUUAAUAGAGCUAAAGUACGUGUGCAACAUCUGCUGCUUGAAAACAUCUUGGAGCUUAAGAGUGACAUAUAUGUGAAUGUCAUCUGCAUAGCAGUGUUGGAAAUUUUGAUAAAUGCUCAAAAUGUGCUGAAGAGGAAACAAUAAAGGUCCCAAAACAGGACUCGCACAAUAGACGAGAUGUGAAAGAGGACCUGAACUUGGUAACAAUCGCUUUCUGUGGCUGUUUCUAAUUUUUAUUAAUACUUUUUGAUUUGAUCUAUAAUUGAUUAGACUUUAUUUUUAAGCGUGAGUGACAGAAAUGUGAAAAGAAGCAAGGACUUGGAUCGGAAACCAAUGAAGCAUUGAUUAUAGUGAGCGCACCGAGGCCAACAGACUGAAAGACAUAUUUGGACAAAGGUGCAAGUACAAGGUCAAAAGAGCACGAGGAUGUUUUUGUUGAAUGAGUGAUUUUUACCAACUUUCUAAAACAACAGACAAAGCAAACAGACACCAAAGAUGGUGAAGGAGAAUUUAUAUUUUUCACAUUACUGCUUCUGUUUGUUAUUGAAAAAAUUACGAACGUAAGCAUGCGGGUUAGGAAUAAUAAUAUCACUAACCGUGUUGAAUAACCUGUCAGGUUUGCCUCUUACCUUUGAAAUCUGGUUUGAAACAUCGGCCUCACAUCUCUCACUAAAAAAAGACUAACAGAUCUUUUAGAGCAACACGUUAGCAAGAAAGUGAACUUGUGAACGCGUCGAUCUCCACGAGCAAGAAUGCUUUCAUCAUAAAACUGUCAAUUAUCCAAGAGAAAGAUUAUAAAACAGGAACUAGCAUUAUCUAAAAUGGAAAGAUAAUGAUUAUUAACCUCUUAAGCACCCAUGCACCCAAAGAUGGGUGCAAAAGGGAGGAGAUCAUGAAACCACUGGGGCCUUAACAGGUUAAAAGAUUUGUUUAGGGAUUGUAAUCACGGUAAGGUGUUUGCUUGCAGCCAGAAGGGUUUGUCUGAAUCCCUGAACUCUACUCGAGGUGCUGAGCGAGCACUGCCUUAACAUGUUGAUCCGCUGAGUCAUUCUGGGUCAUUGCAUAUUAUUUCACUGUGGUUUUCUUAAGAAUGAAAACAUUCAGUGGCCUUCCGUGCCCUGUAAAUGGGGGCUUUUUCAUUCUGGAAAAGAUUGCUUAAGAUGGAGACUGAUGCUUGGAUCCUAUCACUGCUGCACAAUCUAAGCAGGAAACUGUUGAAGUUAAGUUUUCCACUUGUUUUUGUUGUGAUUAAAAACAUGUUUUUUCUAACACAGGAAGGAAAUGACAGGUUUCCGAGUCUUCGUGUAAAAUAUAAUGAAGCUGCUGUCACUACACUGUUUCCACUUUGAGCUAGCAUGGUGAAACUUUUCCCAGAGAUGGUUAACACAGCCCUGUUUCUAAGGCAAAUGUUAACUGAGCUGCACUGCGUCUUACACCCAAAACGUACCAGACUUGUUGGUCUAUUUAAGUUGCACAUGUGUGAUGUUUAGUCAUCAUAUUUGUAGGGAGUGAUGAGCUCAGAGCCUUGACACCAAACUCUUAAUAGUAAUCCGCAGCUGUCAUGAAUCAUCCCAAAUGUGAGUUGUCUGACUGAGACGUCAAAAAAAUACUAAACACAUGAGUUAGUAGCAAUAAACAUGAUCAAAGCUAACAUGUAAUUAAUUUUAAACUUAAAAGUUGAAGCAAAUUGGUUCUGUUUACCUUUUAACCCUCAACCAUGAAGUCUGUACACCUCACACAUAAAAAAAGUUUUGAACAAAGACUGAACUGGCUUUAAGAAGGAGACUUCAUCAAUGUGACAAAACUUCAGUUUGUCAGCAGCAGUUAUCAACAUAAAUGCACAGGUUUUUAGGUGUUAUCAGCUGUGCAGUCCUGUGAAAAACUCUUUUUCUUCUAUAAGAAUUAGGAAGAUGAGUAGCAGCCAGGUGCAUCUAAUCAAAUGCAGGAAAACAAUCACCUGUGUGUUAACAAACCAUCGCAAUCUUAGACGUGGCAGCAAGUUCAUCCCAAAAUGCAAUGCUCAGAAAAACUAUGACAAACAUAAGAGCUGCAUCUCAGACUCCACAGACCUCAAUCAGCAUGUUAAAUCUUAAAGCUCACGAUAGCACAAAUAGAAAAAGCCUAAACAAAUAUGAUCUUAAUAUCUGACCGCAUUGCACAGUAGGACAUUUGACGAAACCCAAACAUGGAAUAAACACCUCAUGUCAAUGCAGUGCAAAUGCAGUGGUGGAAAGGUGAUUUAGCUGACUUUGCAGCUACAGGACCUGGUUACCUUGCGGUCAUUGAUUUGACCAUGAACUUCUCCAUAUACCAAAGUAUUCUAGAGUCAAAACUGACAACUAAAGCUUCUCUGAAACUGGGUCAUGCAACAGGACAACGGUCCCAAGCUUUUUUGACUUUAUCCUUUUUCUCCUGCAAAUGAAGUCAGUAAACUAGCCCUUGCGCCACGGGGAGGGGUUUCCACAUUGACGGUGACGUGACGUCACCGGCCAGGGCUUUCCUCCAUGACGUCAGGGGGCGGUGGGGCGGCAACCAGAGAGCGCGAGGCGACGCGGAGCGAGCUGCGGAGAUUAGAGUUUUUGCGCUGCGCUCCCGGGGCGCAGGAAAAUCAGAGUCCGCCGUCACCUGCCAGGAGACCCCCCGCCGAGCCCGAGAAGAGAGACAGAGGCUGGCACGGUAACGGAGGACGGUUUACACCCAGACUGUAGAUCAGCGAGCCAAGCACAGGAGCACCGAAGCGGCCGCCGCAUCGCUCCCCAGCCUCUCCUGUGGAAGAAAUCCGGUCCUGAGCAGG